AUGGGGGUGGCGGCGGAGAAGUUCCAGCUGGGGACGGUGGGGGCGCUCAGCCUCUCGGUGGUGUCCUCCGUCUCCAUCGUCAUCUGCAACAAGGCUCUCAUGAGCUCCCUCGGCUUCAACUUCGCCACUACUUUGACAAGCUGGCAUCUCCUGGUUACGUUCUGCUCUCUCCAUGUGGCAUUAUGUAUGAAGCUCUUUGAGCACAAACCUUUCGAUGCAAGGACCGUCAUGGGAUUUGGAGUGCUCAAUGGCAUAUCGAUCGGACUUCUUAACUUGAGUCUGGGUUUCAAUUCUGUUGGUUUCUAUCAGAUGACAAAGCUGGCUAUUAUUCCCUGUACUGUUAUAUUGGAGACCCUUUUCUUCAGGAAGAAAUUUAGUCGGAAUAUCAAGCUCUCCCUUAGUGUGCUCCUUGUUGGUGUUGGUGUUGCAACUGUAACUGAUCUGCAACUCAACACUGUGGGAUCCGUACUGUCCCUGCUGGCAAUCAUCACAACCUGUAUUGCUCAGAUCAUGACAAAUACAAUACAGAAGAAGUUCAAGGUAUCUUCAACGCAGCUUCUGUACCAAUCUUGCCCAUACCAAGCAUUGACUUUGUUCCUUAUCGGUCCAUUCCUUGAUGGGUUUUUGACUAACCAAAAUGUCUUUGCUUUUGAUUACACAACUCAAGUUCUGUUUUUCAUCGUGUUGUCAUGCCUGAUUUCAGUCUCAGUAAACUUCAGCACUUUUCUCGUGAUUGGGAAGACAUCUCCUGUAACUUACCAAGUUCUUGGGCAUCUGAAAACAUGCUUGGUUCUCACCUUUGGCUAUGUUCUGCUUCACGAUCCGUUUAGCUGGAGAAACAUACUUGGAAUCCUCAUUGCGGUAAUUGGGAUGGUUUUGUAUUCAUACUUCUGCACUAGAGAGACUCAGCAAAAACCAGCAGAAGUCUCCCCGCAAGUCAUUCAGGGUGAAUCAAACCCUCUGAUCUCGGACUCCCUGAGCGCUGCUGAAAACGGGGGCAGUGCCCCCGACGACGAACCUCUGAAGGUACCAAUGUGGAGCUCAAAGUACUCGAAGGCGUGA